AUGUCCGGCAUCCAGCAUCAAGGCUUCAGCCACGGACCAGGCUACAGCGGCCCACCUCCGGCAAAGAAGCCAAGGAGCAACCCGGUCAUCACCCGGUACCCACCGCCCCCUGGCUACCGAGGACCAGCACAACCACAUCAGACAUUCCAAGGCUAUGGCUAUCAACAGCCAGGCGUCGUAACUUACCCUCAGCAACCGUUUGCUGCGCCACAGCCUUACCCGCAACCGCAGUGGCCUGGCUACCAGCAUCAGCAAUAUUCUGGAACCAGCUAUGGUGGUCCACAAAACUACUAUCAGCAAACCAACCCAACCUUUCCCACAACUUAUCCAGGAUGGCAGCAACCCAUGUCAGCGCCAACGAAUGCGCCACCUCAGCCAUGGCACCCGCAAAACAACGGCUUUGACCCGAGCAAGCGCCGACACAACUCAGCUCCUUUUCCACAUGGCCGCAACAAUUCUAUAGGCCCAUUAGACGGCAACGGCGAUCCACUGCCGCCCCUGAUUACAGUUGGUGAUGGUGAUGAUGCACUUGACGAAGAGUUUGAUGGCGAGUGCUACUUCGGUCGACAUUCGGACGAGAUCAAUCCAGAGCUUAGCCUGGGAGUAAUCGAAUGGCGUGCACCGCUGCCCACUAACCUUCCACUUCCAUCCAGUUACGCAGAAGCUGAACUAGAAGCUAUAGCUCCUCGUAAGCCGCGACCGCUGGACGAGCCGUCAGUCUCGGAUUACUUUACGAAGGAGAAUAAAGACGAAGCGCUACUGAGUAUUAGGCAGACAGAGGAGUGGGAGCACGUGAAGAACGACCUGAUUUACCGAGACUUCCCGGCCGUGCCUAAUGAGAUUGUGCCUCUGUCGGCGAUGCUUGAAAAGUAUCGCUACCGCCCCCGCCUAGGGUUGCAGCGGUCUACAGCAGAAUACGCAUCGCCCGGUCCAGAGUCUAGAUCACAGACGCCUGCCGGAGGUGAUGAGUCUCAGGAACAGAACGACAUGCUUGGCAACUUAGAGCAGGCGCUCUUCGCUACCAAUACAUACUCACGCAGGGAUGCAAAGGUCGCUAAUGGAGUGAGAUCGCACUCCAGAUCAGCUUCGGUUACGUCAACUGCGACAGAAAGAAUCACAAGGCCUACGCCGCUUGCACCCGUGAGGGACCAGCAACAGGAAGACGUUCUAGCCGCUCUUGGCGUGACGGGGUCGCCGAAGAUGGUCUUUCAGACUCCCGGGCCAGCAAUUGCCGCGACGCUGCAGGCUCAACAGCAGAGUAGUGCGACUAACAGCAGGCAAGGCUCUCUCAACGGCGUACCUAACAGUCUCAAGCAAUCGCCGCCACCGCUAUCGGUGCAUGCUGCGAGCAAUGGUCAUUCAAUCGAGCGCCCAGGAUCAGCUGCUAGUCAGCGUACAAUCACGGGAUCCGACUUUCAGGACGCAGACGCAACGCCAAAUGCCAAAGUUAACGGAACGGACAACCGCAAGCGCAGUCACGGCGAGUUCCAGGAUGGCAGUACCUACAGUCAGAAAGAAAGGAACGAUGCGGAGACCGCUGAGCCACGCAGAAAGCAUGUCCGUGUUGACGGGCCCCACGUAUAA